AUGAACGUACAGCCGGCCAAACUGGAAGUUGACGGUGAACCUAUUUCCCUGAAACGACGUGUCAUUCCCUACGGCCAACGUGAUGGUGUACUACAGACCCUUGAGAAAAAGGAGCGCGAUGGUAUAAUCACACGAGUCAAAUCCAGUACAUGGGCAACGCCAAUCGUGAUCGCAAUCAAGAGUGACGGCAAAACACUGCGAAUUUGUGGUGACUACCGCUUAACACUCAACCCGCGGUUACGAACGUGUGCGGCUACCACCAUGGAACCGGAGGAUUGCAUGAAAGCAUUGCACGGCAGUACAUGCUCCUCGAAGAUUGACUUGGCCGAUGCAUACCUCCAGAUUCCACUCGCUGCAAUUGACGAAGUCAUCCGUGGACUCGAUGGCGUGUUAGCGUACCAGGACGAUGUCACUGUAUUUGGAGCAACGAAGGCCGAGCAUGACGAUAGACUUCUCAAACUACUGGAGCGGUUCUCCCAAAAGAACGUGUCGAUUGCCGCCUCCAAAUGCAUGUUCAGCUCACCAGAAUUGGAAUUAUUGGGUUUCACAAUAGAUGCCACAGGCUAUCGUCCUGAUUCAAGUCACCUUCGUCCAUUGACUGAACUCCAGUCACCAAGUGAUCAAAACCAACAUAGAUCCAUCAUGGGAGGUCUCCAAUACUAUUCGCGUUCCAUCUAG